AUGCCUCGGAGAAUACCAGCGUCAGCAAAACAACGUAGAGCCAAAAUUCAAUCGAAACGCGCAGUUAAACGAGGAGACGCACCUCCACCAGAACCAAAACCCAGGAAACCGCACCAGAAACCUAGACGUGGACCGACAGGUGCUUUGCUCGGUCCAGCGAAUGCAAGCUUGAAAGAAUCGUCGCGGAAACUGCAGUCCGCUUUCGUGAAGCUAGAUCCUCAUUUUCUGGAACAGACCAAGGAUCUUGCCGCCUCACUUCCCCUGAUAAGACCCAUUGCGGUCGACGCCUGUCUUCUAAGAUCAGGCAGUGGAGAUGAAGAGGAAGAUAAGGCGAAUAGUUUGCUUGCAGUUCCCAAAAGACCAAAGUGGCGAUUUGACAUGACCAAAAAGGAGGUCGAAUGUAAUGAGGAGGGGUGGUUCAAAAAGUGGAUAUCUGAGACGGACGAUGCUGUCCAACAAUGGUGUGUAAGAAGUAGCCCCAAGGUGAAAGACGUUGAAGAAGGGCCUGAUACUGAGAGCGAUAAGGACGACAUGAGUCUCCCAGAAGAACCUUCAUCAAUGCCGCGGGCACCGACGUACUUCGAACGAAACAUCGAAGUAUGGAGACAAUUAUGGCGUGUGACAGAGAUAUCGCAGAUAAUUCUGCUGUUGUUGGAUUCUCGCUGCCCAAUCCUGCAUAUUCCACACUCGCUCACGUCGUAUCUUACCACCCGACCUAUCAAACUCGUCCUCAUACUGACCAAGGUCGAUAUCGCUGGCCCAAAGCGUGCUGAUGCAUGGACUUCCUACCUUCAAGCUCAAUAUCCCGAUGUACCAGUCAUACCGGUCGAAGCUUACGCUGAACGAGUAGGGGCCCAGGGAAAGUCUUUCUUUGAGCCUCACAUGCCGCUACCAUUCAGAGAACGUCUAGUGAAGACCUUGCGAGAUGCCCAUGCAGAGAUGUUACGCCCUCCUAAUUCCGAAAAUGUUGAAAAGCGGAAGCCUUCAGUGAAGAAAGAUGUUGAUUGGGAGGCAGUCUUAAAGGCAGAGGGAGGAUUGACGGGAAGUGUAGUCGGUGGUGCGGCUGCCCCAAAGCAAAAAGAGUCAAGUGAAGAUUCUGAUAAUGCAGAGGACAAGAACGCAGGACAUGGCUCAAGCGAUAAAGGGAGUCAACCAAACGUUGGGAAAUCGUCCCUCUUGAAUGCCUUAUUCGGGCUCCACAAAGUGCGAGCAUCAAGGACUCCUGGGAAGACAAAACACUUCCAGACUCUUUUCUGGACUCCGGAUGUGCGGCUAGUCGAUUGCCCAGGAUUGGUUAUGCCAGCAUUUGUGCCCAUGGAAAUACAGGUUCUAUCUGGCAUUUUCCCUAUUUCUCGGGUUUCCGCUAUUCCCUAUUGUAUCCACCACAUUUCUCAGCUUCUUCCCCUUGAACGGAUACUACAGCUGACUCACCCAUCAACGCUCUCGCCCCCAGCACCAGACAAACGUACCUGGCGUGAUGGGACCAGACCAGAGAGAAAGGCACAGGAAAAGGAGGUAAUCUGGACUGCCAUGGACAUAUUGACAGCAUAUGCCGAGAAAAAAGGGUGGGUCACUGCACAAGCUGGUCGGCCAGACAUCAACCGUGCAGGAAAUUCCAUUUUAAGAGCUGUAGCCGAGGGCAGAAUAAAGUGGGCAUUUUGGCCGCCUGAAACAAGCUAUGACAUUGUAGAGGAAGGGUCUGCAAGCGAGAAAAAUGUAGGAAUCUGGGUUCCGGGUGGAACGCGGGUAGAAGAUGAAGACGAAGAAAGCGACGAGUACCGGGAGGUAGUCGAGCAGGCUGAGACAGAGGAAGAAGAGAGUCUCAGUGACGCAGAAGACGAUGAAGAGGUGGACGUCGCGAAAAGUGGUGCAAUAGGCCGAUUCAGUGCGUUGGUUGACUCGGAAAGCGAAGAGGAAGACGACGAAGGGUCUGGUAAAGCGAGUAUGGGUCGAUUGGGGGCGUUGGCAUUGGAAUAG